UUGAUAGAAAAACCUUCUUAAAUUAAUAUUCAUGUUCCAAUGUAAACAUUUUAGAGUUUCUAAUAGCAAUGAAAGUCUGGUGCGACAUCCGGGUAAACAGUUACAAACAAUGAUGGCGUCUGCUGCUGAGCAAGAAGUAAAACAUGAUGCAAAGCGAGUUAUGACUCCUGAAAAUGACUUAUCAACUUCAACUUGUGAUAAAUUUCAAACUCAACUUCCUACCACGAAUAGUCGGUUGGAAACUAAUGGAGAUACCCAACAAUUAGCAAAUAUUCUCGUCGUAAAUGAAGCUAGGCCUAGGUCUAGCUCUCCGAUUUCUCCUAAAAAAUCUGUUGUAGGUCUAGUGCCAGUGGCGGUCGAGACGGGGAAGAGACGGCGAGCGCACCAUAACUAUCGACGUCUAUCAAGCUCAGGCUACACGGAAAACGUGUAUAGUGAUUACAAACAACGCUACUCAAGUACAAGUGAAUCUGACAUAUCUCCCCCUCCAUCCACUGCUAAGGUUAGAAGGCAGUCACCAGCAAAUCGAAGUGAAGAACCAACUCAAAUUCAAAAUCAAGCUUUGGUGAUGCCUGUACAAAGUCAAAGCCCACCACGUUUAUUCAAUCAACAACAAGGCCAAACUCAAUCCCAGACUCAGAAUGGUGAUUCAUGGCCUUUGGUUCAUUAUGCAUCUUCAAGAAUUGUCAAAAAAGAUGGCUCGCCCGAACUGAAGAUACAUAUUAAGAAGGAGUGUCUGACGAUGACUAGGCGGCCGAAAAAACACAAGCAUCAUCACCACCACCACAAACACCGACCGGUAAUGGUAGACGCCACAACAUGCACUUCGCAGGAUGCCGUCAAAACUGGUAUACCACCAUCACCAAAAAGUCUGGUUUGCAUGUCGGUUGAAUCACCAGUCAAGACCGAAGUAAAUGGAUGUAAUAAUAAUGUGAUUGAUGCUGACAUGGAUCGAACGAUACUGACCCAUGGCGCUGGCAAAGAGGAAUCGUGUUCACCCUUCAGUAAGUAUAUUCACAUCGAGAAGCAGCCAAAUGGUGGCGCCAGCGUUGUACACGUAUAUGCGAAGGAAAUACAACACUUACAAGGAAAAGAAUUGGACAGUUUUGUAGAAAAGUAUUUUGAUAUUGUUUAUGGUGAAUCUUCAGAGGGCGUUGCAGACCAUGUAAUGGGCAUCGUUCACAAUGCCGUUAGCCAUACGCCAAAUCUCAUAGAUUAUCUUGCAUUCCGUCAUCCAUCGACCAUCGUCAAAACUGAACUUUUGGGGAAACAUGAUUUAUGUACGAAAACUGUCACAGAGUUUCGAAAUGAUGUACACAGAACGUACUGUAAUGGUACGUACCGCACUGGCCCGAUGCUGCAGAUGAGUUUGGUUGGAACAGUGAACGAAGAAACCGGCGAUUAUUUUGAAGACAUUUUGGACAUGUUAGAGAAGAACACUUUUCUAAAUCGUGUCAUGCCUUGGGGUCCACUUUCAUCAUUGAAGAUGGAAAAGCGUUGCCAUAGUAAUGAUGGACCAAUCAUAUGGGUUCGUCCAGGAGAGCAAAUGAUACCGACAGCUGAUCUGCCUAAAUCACCAUCGAAAUCAAAGAGGAGAACUGGUGUGAAUGAAUUGAAGAAUCUGAUGUAUCGUCCACGAGCUUCAGAACCCCGCGAAGUACUUGUUGAAGAUCGAACACGUUGCCACGCUGACCAUGUCGGACAGGGCUUUGACAGGCACACGACAGCGGCUGUGGGAGUUCUGCAGGCAGUCUGUGCGCAAGACGAUGCAAUGACUAACAGUCUUGAUAUGAAAGAUGUUGUGUGUUUCCACGCUGCUGAUUUCUUGAAUGUUACCGAGUCUCUUCAGCUGGACCUUCAUGAACCACCAGUCUCACAGUGUGUUCAAUGGAUAGAGGAUGCUAAGCUGAAUCAAAUGAGACGGGAGGGAAUUCGUUACGCAAAAAUACGUUUACGGGACAACGACAUCUACUUCAUUCCACGAAAUAUUGUCCACCAGUUCAAAACCGUGUCGGCUUGUAUCAGCGUGGCGUGGCACAUCCGUCUGAGCCAGUACUAUCCCGAGCUUGCAGCUGAUAAAGAGGAGAGUAAUAUGGACAGCGAAGCGGAGGACGGACAGAAGACCGGAGAUGAAGGCACGUCCUCUAAUAGUGAGGAGAAAAUGGAGACAAAAGAUGAAGGUUAAAGUUCAGCAUUUAAUUUUUAGCGUCACGUAGCAUUCCAUGUUCUUGUGAAAAUUCUCUGUAUACAACAUAAUUAACUGAAAUGCUUCUACGAGGCUCUACCCACACUAUCAAAUAUCCUUUGACAAAAAUCUAUUGUAUGCCUAUAUAUAGUCAUGAUGUGCCUAUAUAUGGUCAUGGUGUGAUGUUAUUAUGACCAUAUUUAGGCAUAAUACAUGUUUUUGUGAAAUGAAAUUUGAUAGUCUGGAAAAGGCCUCAUUUAUAAAUUAUUGUCUGACACUUUGAGAAUGAAAACUGUAGAGGGCAGCAUUCAUCUUCAAGUUAAUUUAACUAUAGAGUGCAUGAAAUUUUAAUGUGUUGCAUUUUAGUACAAAUAAUUUGAUCGAAAGAGGAAUCGUGAAUGAGUUAUUUAAAAAAAAAAAGAAACACCAAAGCUUUAGUUGAAUAAUGUAUGAAAUAUUUGAAAAAUAAUAUGUCACUCACAUUAAGAAAUAAAAAUUUUAUUUCAUCAAAUUCUAAUCAAUAAUUUACACUUUUCUUACCUCUUUUUUAAUUAUUUUUUUAAAAAUUUACAUUUAAUAUUUGAUUGACAUGUUUUGCUCAUGAAUUAUUUAUGAGCAAUAUAGACUGAUAUAAGACUGAUUUUUUUUUUCUACUUUCUACAAAUUUAUCUGUAAUAAUUAUAGAAAUAUUACCUAAUUAUUGAACAGUGACUAAUAAUAUAAAUUAUUAAUGUUGAAUAUAGUGGUUAAUAAUAAUAUUGUUAUUUUUCAAAGUAAAUUAAAAUUCACCCCUCACAACUUUGUGAUUUAUGUAGUAGAAUUUAUUUAUUUAUUUAAAUCAAAUUUUAUAAGAAACCUCUUUUUGCUGACCUGUAGAGGCAAUCUAAGGCCAAUAAACAGAGCCUCGAUUUGGUCGGUCUUUGCUUUGGUGAGCAAUGCAAGUCCAAGGGUUGAGACGGGAGACUUUGCCCUCAAUUUCCAGAAAAAUAGGGGGUGCUAACAUUUUGAAGACUAGUCAUUUGAAGCUUUCUUGGCUAUCGGUUUUUCUUUGACAAGAAACUGAUGUAUGCCCAUUGAAUAUAAUGCAUGUUUUUGUCAAACAAAAUUUGAUAGUCUAAAAAAAAGCUUAAGAAAUCUUUUUUAUGGUAAAUCCCGUAUGGUCGAAGGAAGUACAUAUUUGGAAGUGCUGCAAGAAUUUUCUGUAGGCUGGGAAAAGAAAAUUUAUGGGAUUCCUGGGUCUAAGAACUGUGGGGGAGGGGGAGAGGUGAGAGAUUAUCAGUUCUGUUUCACCAAACUAAAAACACAACAGCAAUUCUUCCAUCAGGUAUUAAUAUAUUUUACUGUAUGUAUAACCUCUUGCUACUAACGUACCCUAUGUAUGGACGACAAAAAGGAAAUGUCUGUUCAGAUUUUUUUUGUUUGUUUGUUGUUUGAAUGCACUUGACUGAUGAGUAGAGUGCAGUAUAUAAUUAACAAAUGGUUUUUGCAUCAGUAGUGAACAACAGAGAUGUAGAUAACUUAGGUUAUCACAAUAAGUGUAUAUUGCUUUAUUAAUCAUUCAAAGCAGUAGACUUUAAUAAACAACUUGCAUCAUCCUUUGUUUAUGAAAAGUACGAAUCGAACAUUCUUCUCAAUAUGUUGUGCACUAACGGAUGCACCAUUUCCUUUCAUGUUUAUCCUAGAGGAUACUAUAUAUUAAACAACGUGCCUUUGUGAUUUGUGUUGUCAAAGUAGACCUUGCCCCUUCGCACACUCUUUUGUUUAAGAUCUAUGCGUUUCUGACAUUUCAAGAUGUAUUGCAAUGUUUAAAAGUAAUUACAGUUCGUAUUUACAUAUUAUUUCUAUGUCAGAUUUUAUUAGGCUUUUCUGUGGUGUUUAGAAAACAUCUUCCACUGAAGGACAAGUACAUUUAUUUAUUUGCUAGGUUUGUUAAGUUUGUUGUCUAGUUGAGUUUAGAUAAUACACCAGCAGCUCUGCCAUACUUAAUCACUCGAUACUGAUUUUUUGGUGGGAUAUUAAAAAGAAUGUUGGAAUCUCAGGUUACAUGUUUCCGAAGAACUUUAAGGCAACCCUAUUUUUGGGUUGCAACCCACACUUUAAGAAUCAGGGAUCUAACAUAUUUACUGUACUACAAAGUGUAUCUCUUUUGUGCUUGAUUUACUAUAGUUAUAUUUUAUUUAUCGUCCAAUCAGGACAGAUAUAGUGAAUUCAUGAAAAACAUUUCCUGUAGCUUAAUCCGGACAUAGGCAGACUAAUAUAAAAUGUGACGAAUAGAGCAAGGCGCCUCGCGCACUCCUGUGAGUAAACAUAGAUCUCCCGGAAAAUAUCCUGUUUCUUCCGCAUAUUCACGAUUAAUUUGCAUGUUUAUUCUACUGUGUGAUCGAUUCUCUACUGGAAGAUAGUGCCAAUGGGUAUCACCACACAAAACAUUAUUUCAUUUAUUUUGAGAGGGCGCCUUAAUAUCAGCCAACCUUCUAAUAUACACUGGAAGGGUCACCCUCGAUAAAUGUCAUUUAAAAAAAAAAUUGAAUUAAAUUAAAUGGUUCAAAAAGCUGAUUUAACAAGGUCUCCUGGAAUUUGCUUUUUCCAACUUGGGAAAGAUGCCUAUUGAACACAUUCUCAGCACCUUUGGGACAUGUUCCAUAAUUUUCUGCAUAAAGUAAAGUCAGCACAUUGCCCCUAGAUACCCACUUUAUAUUCCUGGGUGGGCACAAGCCCGGCGAGGGUUUCAAUCUCCCAACCCCCCAGGAUGAGAGUCUUGGACACAUCUGUUGCGCCAAUCUAAAUUAUAUUAACGCAAAUGUUGUUACUAAACUGACCAAUCGGCCAUGUUUGUUUUGGUCACAUGGAUAAAUUAAUGCUGAUUAAUGCACUCUAGUUUGCGUUAAUUUUCGCUGUCAACGAAGUCUAUUUUACGAACCAGUCAAAUGAAAAGAUACUCAACGAAAUGAACCAUUCUAAUAAGCCUAUUGCUAUAUUUAUAUUAAUACUGUAUACUAGGCCAUGAGGUCAUAAAUUUUGUUAAAGAAGAGUUUUUUUUUUUGCUUUGUCAACUUAACUGGAAAUUUAUUGCGAGUGAUUAUAAAAUGGCUGUUGUUUAUCUAACAUAUAUCCUGUUUGAAUUUAUUUUUUUGGGUUUACAGGAAUAUUGUUUGCUGGUUUUCCACAGCCCAAUAAUUAGUUGAUGUUGUCAAAUUUCAUUAAUUCUUUAAUCAAAUGAUUCUGUUCCUAAAAAUAUUGUAAUUAGAAAUUUGUUAGGUUAUUUUUAAUUAUUUGAAAUUGUUUUAAAUGAUCAUUCCUAGAUGGGGAAUACUGAUAUUUAUUUAUUAGUUUAUUUAUUUAUUUAUAUAUUUAUUUAUUCAUUUUAUAUAUAAUGUUAUAUUCAAUUUGAGAGUGAUGUCUGUGUACAAUCGUUGAGAAAAAAUAUAGAAAUAACUUAUGUAGAUAUGAUUUUGAUUUAACAAAUUUUUAUUACUGUAAUUUUAUUGAUUGUAAAAUAUGCAUAUGUACAUGAGUUGUAUUUCAACACCAAAUAGAGCAUAGCGAGUAGAAAGGCCACCGUUUAUGAUAUUAUUGAGCCCAGAAUGUUGGUACAAUCUAAUCUUACUAAUGUAUUAUCAUUUUAACCAUCAGUGAUCGAGUUCCUAGUCCACAUUUUAAGCGCCCUGAGCAUUUUACAUUAGAUGGAUUUGUGCGCUAUAUAAAACUACACUAUUAUUAUUACUAUUAUUAUUUCUUAAAAGAAGGUUGGUAAAGAUGGUAGCCUUCCAAUCAGAUGUCCUUUCCUUGCGCAAUCGCAAAAAAAAAAAAACCGGAAUAUUUUACCGAAAAACAUUCCAAUAAUUAAAUCUUGGGUAUUUUGAGUUGGUUGUUUUACUGCCAAAAAUAUGGCAAAACUGGCGCUUACUCAUGAAAUCAUCCAUUGAGUAAUACUCGAAUAUCAGAGAUAUUUUAGGUUCGGUAAAAACUAAAUUGGUCAGUUUUACUGAGCACAAUCAACUUGGUUAAGCUAACCACUCGACCUGGUAAGUUUUCCGGAGAGGUAUGUUUCCUCUGCUAUUUACAUAGAGGCACUGCGCAAUAUUCGCUAUAUAACUUUAACUUAUUAAAUAUUAUUAUUACACUGGACUAAUUUAUGGUCAGACUAACCAGCAUCUUGGUUAACUUUCCUGAAAAAAGUCCUGUGUGUGUGUGUGUGUGUUUGUGUGUACAGUGCUUCAUUGUUCUUGAUUUUUUGUUGGAAUCCUGAAAAGCUAUGUCUUAUUUUAAUGAAUGAGUCUUUCUCUUCCCCUCCCCAGACAACUAAAUAAAUUAAAUAAAAUAUUUUAUAAUAAUAUUUGCAUUUGUGGUACUGUAUUUAAAUUAGGAAGCUUGAAUUUAUAGAACUAUAGCUUUCAAAUAGGCUUAAGUUUGCCCAGACUGUCAUUCGACAAAUGACAAAUACUGUGCUUUGUCAAUAUGUGGGGAUGUCGUAUCAUGCCCAUAUAUGGUAAUUGACAGUUAAUUGUCACAUAAAAGUUGAUAAUGUUUGCAGAACAAGAUUUAAACAAAAUAAAAAAUGACAUGUUUCUAAUCCCCUGCUCCUGCUUUUUUUUUUUUUUUUUAAAUCAGGGAAUUUUGCCAAACCUCAUACAGUUAAUAGUGAGUGCCGUGCACUUGUGUAGGAUGUAGGCCUGAAGUAGGCAUAUCUACUGUAGUACAAUGUGUUUUGGCAACCAACAAAAAAUGAAUGAUGAUAAGAAACAAGUUUUUUAUUUUUUUUUUUUAUUUUUAUUUAUUUUUUUUUUUGCAUGCUUGAGUAGUGAAAUUUUCAUGAUGGUAAGUGGUAUUCUCUCAAUAAUAAUUUAUAUAAGAUAUGAAAUUUGAUUAGAUGAAAUCACUAUUUAUAACUUGAUACAAAUAUUUAUAAAUGAUUGGUCGAGACAUUGUUUUAAUUUACAACUGAUUGUUAAGUCUUAAGUACUGUAUAUAUAUUUUUAGAAACUACUUUUAAAUUCUAUCAUGGUAUACAAUUUUCGUAUGUUAAGUAUUUAAACGUUAUUGAGAUGUAAUAUGUAGAUUUGUUUCUGGAGACCUAUCCAAUCACAUCAGCUUGUUUGACCUUUUGACAUUGAUUUUGAUUAAUGAACUUGUAGAUGUAAGUAUUAACAGCACUUCCUAAAGUUUGUUUUGAAGCGAUAUAUUAGUUUUUCAAUCCUUUCUGUUGCCAAAUAAUUUUUUAUAUACUAUAUUAAACCACUAAAAUCAGCAUAAUACCAAUCUGCAAAUAUGCGGGUUAUACAAUUAUACUGAAGAUGUCUGACAAAACAUCUGACAGAAAAUGUCAGAUAAUGUCUGUCAGAUUUACAAUGUUUGAUAAAAAAAAAAGUAAUGGAGUAGGGUAUAAUCUGCGACUACAGGUUUGGGCACGUGUACAAGUUGUUUUAUCUUUCAAGAUAUUUUUAAACCAAGGCAUUUACUGGCAGAUAUUGUUAGAUCAAACAAUGUUGGAUGUGGGUGUUUUUUCCUGCCAAUGUUUAAACUUAUUUUCAAGGGCAACAAGUAACAUUGUACCACUAUUAACUGCCAAAAUAUUGAUUUCCUUUUUAGUAUAUUACUGCCAAACCCUGAAAUAUAUGCUUUUGCAGAAUCCCUGCUUUAUUUUUAUUCUAAUUAACUGCUCAAAAGAUCUGACAGAUAUUAAAGGAGAUUACCUGCCAAAAUUCUUGAAUUGAUGAUGUAACCAUGAGAUUGUGACAUUACUACAAUGCAUAGAAGGUACAUACACUAACAAUAGGUUUCAGCAUCAAUAUUAUACUGCUUGCAGCUUUGUGGCAAAUAACAAUAGAAAUGACGUUGAACUUGAGUUUUAAUAAGUUAAGAAUUCAUUUAGCUCUUGUUGUGUGCUAGUAUGUUAUGACAUAGUAGUACCAAAGAGUAUAGAAUUACAAGAUGUCCGACUGCCUCGAUUUUGUAUGGACGCAAUGAAAGAUUUAAAAAAAGUACUACCAGGAGAUAGGGGCGCCCUAUUUACGAACCGUUCUUUUGAAGGACGCCCUCUAGUUCGUGAUAGUAUUUUUUAACUAGGAUUGCGUUCCAACCAUACGCCGAGAACCGGACCUCUUGCAGUUUUAUGCUCAUUGGUAGUACAGUAUUGUGCUUACCACCCUGUUUCUUAGCAACAAUUUUAUAUUUUAUCAUUUCUUGUCAAUAUUUUUCCCUUUUUUUCAUGUAUAUAUUUAAUCAUUAUGUUUUAGAAUAUCAUAUUUAUAUUAAAAGAAACGUCUUUUAAUAAUUGAAAAGUAGUAUUCUUAUUACUUUCGUUCUGUGUACUCAUUUUUCUCGACAUUCAUCUUCAUUCACUUGGUCACAUUUUCUUGCUAAUGGUUUUUAAUUCAGAUUCAGAAAUUCAUACUAGAAUCAAAUAUUGAACAACGGCUAAUCAUAUGAUGAUAAUACUAUUUCUCAUGCCAGUUAU